GAACUCAGUGAGAUGUCACCAUUGAUUUAAUUGCAGAGAGGUCGGAGUUAGUGGAGCGAGAGUGGGGGGGAUCAUUACAGAAAAUGUUUCCUUGACUGAAGUAGUCCCAUUUACGCCCCGCCAUUACCGUCCGGAACAUCUGCCAAAAGACUCAUUGAAUGGGAAGCAAACCUUGUUCAACGUUUAGCCUACCACGUGACUAUCGCAUCUUCUAUCUGGACUCCGCAAGCUGCCCUGGUCAUUUUAUCACAGAACGGAGGAGCUUGUGCAAACUGGUGCGCGUGAAAAAAAGAUAACUAACGCCGAAGAUGGAUGUUGUGCAUUUUUCCAUUGGUAGUAUCUUGUCGAUUACUCUUCAAGCGCUGUUGUUGUCUUCUUCAUAUGGUUCGUUGGAGCCCUACGACCUUUUAUACAACAAUGCCGUCGAAGCAUUUUACAGAAAUGACUAUAAAGAUGUGGUGCGACACAUGGAGGGUGCGCUCAGAAGCUACGCAGAAGUCCGCCAGACUAAAGUCCGAUGUCGGCUGAGAUGCCAGAACCAGCACCCGUUUGAUUCCGCCUCCAUGGACCUGCAGUUCUUUGACGUGGUUCUCCGAAGAUCCUAUUGUCAGAACGAGUGCAUUGAAGAAAAAGUUGGAACACAGUCCAUGCACAAAAUCAGCGAGGAUGUCAUCCAGGAUUUCCACAGGCGAAUCCCGUACAACUAUCUUCAGUUGGCUUAUCAGAAGUUGAAACAGUUGGACAAGGCAGCGGCGGCGGCCCACACCUAUUUCCAGGCAAACCCGGAGAGCGUGGAGAUGGAUCAGAACCUGGAGCAGUACAAGGCUCUGGAGGGCACCAACCUGGACCACUUUGUGGACAGAGAAGCACGGCCACAUCAGCGGUCCUUCUCAGCGGGGGUGAAGCUGUAUGACAAUGCAAACUAUGAGGAGGCCAUCUCCCUGUUCGAGGAAGCCCUCCAGGAGUACUACAGGGCUGACGUGGAGUGUCGGGCCCUCUGCCAGGGGCCCCAGAGGUUCGAGGAGCAGGACCAUGUCCUCUACCGCUACAGCCUCUACCAACUGGUCUCAGACCACUUCACCCAGGUGCUGCACUGUGAACACGAGUGUGUUAGAGACCUGUCCACUCGGCCCGGUCGUCUGUCUCCCAUGGAGAACUACCUGCCUCUGCACUACGACUACCUGCAGUUUGCCUACUACCAGCUUAACAAGGUGGAGGAGGCCUUGGCAUGUGCCCAGUCCUACCUGCUGUUCCACGAGGGGGACGAGUUUAUGACAGAGAACGUGGAGUACUAUAGAGAGGCUAUAGGUCACGACCUCAAACCCCGGGAGAAGGCUGAGUGGUACCUGCGGCGCCAUGAGCAGGAGCUGGAGCUACUGAUGAUCGGCAGUGACAACGUGCACGUGGAGCUUACAGAGGGGGUGAGUAGUACGCUGAGGACCAAUGGCAACGUGCACGUGGAGCUUACAGAGGGGGUGAGUAGUACGCUGAGGACCAAUGGCAACGUGCACGUGGAGCUUACAGAGGGGGUGAGUAGUACGCUGAGGACCAAUGGCAACGUGCACGUGGAGCUUACAGAGGGGGUGAGUAGUACGCUGAGGACCAAUGGCAACGUGCACGUGGAGCUUACAGAGGGGCAUUAUUGGACCAGCACAGGAGGCAGAGAGGAUUCUAACCGGAUCCCUUCUGGUACUGAUGGAUGGAUGGAGUACGUGCCCAUCUCAGAGAAGAAGAACUUCACCCUGGCCCCGCCCCAGGAGCUCAGAGAAGGAGGACCCCUGGUGUAUGACAGUGUGCAGCUGAUCCAGAACUCACAGGCCCUGAACGGAACUCAGAGGGUUCUCCUGGAUGAUGUCAUGUCUGUGGAGGAGUGCGCCGAGCUCAAAAACCUGGCUCAUACUAUCACUAUGGCAGGAGAUGGAUACAGAGGGAAGAUGUCUCCUCACACACCCAACGAGAGGUUUGAGGGAGCCACUGUGCUAAAAGCACUGCAGUACGGCUAUGAGGGCCGUGUCCCUCUGAAAAGCGCUCGUCUGUUUUAUGACGUCAGCGAGAGGGCAAGGCGCAUCAUCGAGUCUUACUUCCUGCUCAACUCAACACUUCACUUCUCCUACACACACCUGGUGUGCCGUACCGCCAUCACAGGGCAACAGGACCAUAGAAAUGACUUGAGCCAUCCCAUCCACGCUGACAACUGUCUGUUAGACCCAGAGGCCAACGAGUGCUGGAAAGAAGCACCAGCCUACACCUACAGAGACUACAGUGCUCUGUUGUACCUGAAUGGAGACUUUGAGGGCGGGGAGUUCAUCUUCACAGAAAUGGAUGCCAAAACAGUCACAGCUCAGGUGAAGCCAAAGUGUGGUCGUAUGGUGGGCUUCUCGUCCGGAGGGGAGAACCCCCAUGGGGUGAGGGCCGUCACCAGGGGGCAGAGGUGUGCCGUGGCCCUGUGGUUCACCUUGGACCCCCUCUUCAGAGAACUGGAGCGUCUACAGGCUGAUGAGGUGGUGCAGGCAUUGGACAACCAAAGCAGCCAAUCAAAGUGGGACACGAGCCUCAACAUCAACCCCAAAGAUGAGCUGUAGUAGCCAACCAACACCCAGCUCUGCAUCCCCCAAAUCUUUAUGUCUAUUUAUUUAAUGAAGUUUGGAUCAGAACAAUUUUAUUUUUGUACUGUUUGAUGUGCAAGGUUAUAUCGUUGUUGUUCUUAGUUUUGUUGUCGUCUUGGCUUUAGUGUUGUUGUGAUUUUUAUUUCUGUAAAUGCCAGUACUUGAGUUCCCAUUUGGGUCUUAGUUUUUCUCUCUGUUGGGUUGAAACCCAGUCGUUGUACCUCACACUUUAAAGUUUCAGGUAACUUCCAGGUCACUUCCAGGUCCCUUUGUAAUGAACUUUAAAGUUCCAGGUCCCUUUGUGAUUCAUAUACGAGGUUGUUUAAAUACCACCCUGUCCUACAUAUGUCCAGUUUUUACUGCACUGUGAACCAGCCAAAGAGAAGAAAGCCAGUUGACAUUGUUUCUCUCUGUUAGAAAAAAUAAAAUAAAAAUGUCUGUUUAUGCUUUGGUUUAUAACGUUUAAAACAUGCACUCAUAAAACAAUAUUUCUUUCAGGCGGUGUGAACACAGUAAAUGUUUAUCUAUUUAUUCAUUGAAUUAUUGUCUUGAAUAUGCAUUUACUGAGAGAAAGCUGUCGGGCAUUAUUUUUACAAACAGGGAGCUAUAAUCCUUUUCAGUGACGGACAGUAAUGUCUGAUCUUAUUUGUCCCGACUUUAUGUGCACUUCCUGUUUGUAGUGUGAAAAAGACGUCAUCCCUCUCUAGCUCUGGUCCAUGACGUUAGUGCAUCUUACUAAUGUUAGCAAGCCUUAGUAACGCCUCGGACCAGAGCUAAUCCCUCCGUUCAGUGUAAUCGAACACAGAGUAAGAUAACUGUUUACAAGUUAGCUGACACAAUGGUGUGUGUUUUAAAGAUCGACAGCUGCUAUUGCAAUUGUCGGGAAUUUGAUAUUAGAACCUUUUUAAUAAAAGAUGUCAUUUAUUCCUGUUUAAAGGAAUUAUUAUUUUAAGGUGGCGUAACAAGUGUCCUUUCAAAACGUCCUCAUUUCAUGGGUAACAAUAGACAGGCAGGCACAUGCACUGUUAUAGUCCAAUGGAAAGAAUGUGCCUUGUGUGUACUGUGAUAUUUCAAUGAUACAACUGCUAACUAAAUGUAACUUAUCAUUUUUAAGUUAAUAGAGUAGAGUUUUAGCUUAUCUUUUGAUAGGGAGGAUGGCCACUUGUGUCUAACUAAUAUUUAAAUAUGAAUCCAUCUAUUUUGUUGUAAUGUGUACUUAUAAAUUAAAAAGACUAUACUGC